CCCGUUUUCCAGCAUUUUCUUUGUUCUUUUUUUUUCUUUCUUUCUUUCUUUCUUCUCUCUGUCAAGAUAACAAUAACGAAACCCGUCGCCAUGCCUAACCCUCGUGUUUACUUUGAUAUUACUAUUGGUGGUCAACCUGAAGGACGUAUUGUCUUUGAAUUGUUCACCGAUGUUGUUCCUAAGACAGCUGAAAACUUCCGCGCUUUAUGUACAGGUGAAAAAGGUGUUGGUCAAUCUGGCAAACCUCUUUCCUAUAAAGGUAGCUCCUUCCAUCGAGUGAUCAAGGGAUUCAUGUGUCAAGGUGGUGACUUUACCAAUGGCAACGGUACCGGUGGUGAAAGUAUCUAUGGUGAAAAGUUCGCUGAUGAAAAUUUUGAUUUGAAGCACGAUCAACCCUUUUUAUUGUCUAUGGCUAAUGCAGGUCCUGGUACUAAUGGUUCACAAUUCUUUAUCACAACCGUCAACACUCCACAUUUGGAUGGCAAGCAUGUUGUAUUUGGGAAGGUAUUGAAGGGUAAAGGUCUUGUUCGUUUGAUUGAAAAUCAACCUACUUCCAAUGACAAACCUUUGGCUGAUGUUAUUGUGGCUGAUUGUGGUGAACUCGCUGAAGGUGCUGAUGAUGGUGUUCCUAUUCCUGCUGAUGGUGAUGUCUAUGAAGAUUUCCCAGAGGAUCAAAAAGGAGAAGCUGAAUUCGAACCUAUGGAACUUGUGGAAAUUGCUGGCAAACUCAAGAACAUUGGCAAUGAAUACUUCAAAAAAGGAGAAUAUGCUUCAGCUGGAAAGAAAUAUGAUAAGGCUAUCCGAUAUUUGAACGAAAAACCUGUGUUUGAUGAAGAAGAUCCCAAGGAUUUACCAGUCAAGUUUGCUGCUAUCAAGAUCCCAUGUUAUUUGAAUAGAGCCAUGUGUGCACUCAAACAACAACAAGGAAAGGCUGCCAUUGAUGCUACUACUAUUGUAUUAGAAUACGACCAAAAGUUAUUGAAACCUACUGACAUCACCAAGGCUUACUUCCGUCGUGGACUUGCACGUGCUCUGAUCAAGGAUGAAGAAGGUGCAGUAACUGAUUUGGAAGCAGCAGCUUCUCGAGAUCCUGAAGAUGCGGCUAUCAAGCGUGAAUUACAAUCCGUGAAACAAAAAAUGCUGGCGAAGAAACAAAAGGAAAAGAAGGCCUUCUCCAAGAUGUUUGGUUAGAUUUAGCUUUUGGACAAUAGAUAAAUAGUAUGACAUUACUUUUAUUCAUAGUAGUUUAGCCCCCUCUCAUUUAUCUAUUGAUUUGUAGUUUCAUUCACACAGAUACAUACGUACACACACGGAUAUUUAUUUAUAUAUUUAUAUAUCGUAUUUUUACAUAAAU